AUGCAUCUGUCUCAGAUUGUGCUGUAUCUUAGCUUGCUGAUUGCUUUGGGUCCAGUAGUUUUGAGUGACCAAGAGACGCACCAGCAGCCCUCCGCCACCAGCCCGGCAGAGACCGAGCAGUGCUCAACCUGCGACGUCCGGCAGCAGAUCAAAACGAUGCGAUUAAACGCGAUCAAAUCUCAAAUUUUGAGCAAACUGCGAAUGAAAGAAGCUCCUAAUAUCAGCCGAGAUAUUGUGAAGCAGCUCCUACCCAAAGCGCCGCCGCUGCAGCAGCUUCUCGACCAGUACGACGUGCUGGGAGAUGAUAAUAAGGAUGUGGUUAUGGAGGAAGAUGACGAGCAUGCCAUCACGGAGACAAUAAUGAUGAUGGCCACUGAACCCGAGCCCAUCGUCCAAGUGGAUGGGGAACCGAAGUGCUGCUUUUUCUCUUUCACUCAAAAGUUUCAAGCCAGUCGAGUAUUACGGGCUCAACUCUGGGUGCAUCUGCGACCGUCGGAAGAGGCGACUACUGUGUUCCUGCAAAUCUCCCGCCUGAUGCCGGUCGCAGACGGGAGCAGGCACAUACGGAUCCGGUCUCUGAAGAUCGACGUGAAUGCCGGGGUCAGCUCUUGGCAAAGUAUAGACGUCAAACAAGUGCUGACCGUGUGGCUGCGGCAGCCGGAGACCAACUGGGGCAUCGAGAUUAACGCCUUCGAUUCGAGGGGAAAUGACUUGGCCGUGACCUCGGCAGAGCCAGGAGAGGAAGGACUGCAACCGUUCAUGGAGGUGAAGAUCUCAGAGGGCCCCAAACGUGCCAGGAGAGACUCGGGCCUGGACUGUGACGAGAACUCGCCAGAGUCCAGAUGCUGCCGCUAUCCGCUCACAGUGGACUUUGAAGACUUUGGCUGGGACUGGAUUAUUGCCCCAAAGCGCUACAAGGCCAACUAUUGCUCCGGGGAGUGUGAGUACAUGCACUUGCAGAAGUACCCCCACACCCACCUGGUGAACAAGGCCAACCCCCGAGGUACCGCAGGCCCCUGCUGUACCCCAACCAAGAUGUCGCCCAUCAACAUGCUCUACUUUAAUCGCAAAGAGCAGAUAAUCUACGGCAAGAUCCCGUCCAUGGUGGUGGACCGUUGUGGAUGCUCUUGAGUUGGGACUGAGACCCUGGCAAGAGGGAGGGGAGGACGGGUCUGGCCUCCAACUUCAGACUUUUUGACACAACCAAUCCACCAGUUCCAGUGCUUUC